GUGGCGCAUGCCCAAAUGUGCACGGUUAAAUCGAUGCAUUCCAGGCUGUUGAAACAGUUGUGUCCCUCACUGAAAAAGUGUGGACUGAGAUGGAUGGAAUUCAGGAGGAGAAUCAGAAGAAUCGACCGGAGACCAAGUUCGAGAGAGUUCGACUCUAAGGCUAACAUCCAAGGAAGAAAGAAGAGAAGUUGGAAACUGUUCCUGUUCUCAGUCGUAACCGUUAUAAUCGUCACGACUGGUUUUUUCAUUUUCUGGAAAUCCGCUAAAACAAAGGAACUGCACGUCCCUCCGGAUCCAGAAGUCCCUCCGCCACCAACGCCUUCAAAACUCCACCGGUUCACAAAAGGAGCCGUUUGCACGGAUGGACCGCCUUGCUCGGAAAUCGGAAGAAAUAUCCUUAAAAAGGGAGGAAAUGCAAUGUCUGCUGUGAUCGCAGCCCUCUUCUGCAAUGGAGUCGUUAACAAUCAAGCAAUGGGAUUGGGUGGAGGGUUUUUCAUGACAUACUACAGUAAAAAGGAUGGCCAAGCGUACAGCCUCAACGCGAGAGAUGCUGCCCCUGGCAAAGCUCAUAGGAAUAUGUUUGCCAAAUCUGUUAAUGCAUCUAAAACUGGUGGUCUAGCUGUCGGUGUGCCGGGCGAAUUGCGAGGAUACUGGGCAGCAUAUAAGAAAUUUGCAAAUCUCCCAUGGAAAGAUAUUAUUCAGCCUGCGAUUGAUUUGUGCAAUGCUGGCUAUAACAUGACGAAACCACAGUAUGACGUUUUGGAUUUCAGGCCAAAUAUUAUUGAAAAUGAUCCAAACUUUAGAUCAAUGUUCAUUGAUGAAAAAACCGGUCGUAAAAAGAGAUACGGAGAUCUGAUAAAGCCUCAUACCUUAUGCAAGACUUUAAAAAUUAUUGCGGAAGAAGGAGGAGAUGCUUUACAUAAUGGAUCCCUUACGACAAUUUUUGUUGAAGAUCUUCAAAAGAAGGGAUCCAUCAUAACUGAACACGACAUGAGAAAUUAUACUGCUGAAUGGGUAAAGCCGGUUUCUGUGGAGCUAAGGAAUAGUGUUAAAGUUUUCAGUAUGCCCCCACCAGGCUCAGGCCCUUUACUCACUCACAUAUUGAAAAUCCUUGAUGGAUACAAUAUAACCAAUGACAGUUUUAACAACACUGACAAAACAGUUUUGACUAUGCAUAGGAUUAUUGAAGCUUUUAAAUUUGCUUAUGCACAAAGAACGCAACUAGCAGAUCCUAAUUUUGUCAAUAUGGAAGAGAUAAUUUUAAAUUUGACGUCAACGGAAUAUGCCGAUCUCACAAGAAAUAAAAUAAAUGAUUCUAUGACUUAUUCCGACCCAGAGCAUUAUGGUGCUGUUUACUACCAGACAGAAGAUCACGGCACAGCUCACAUCUCUGUCAUUUCAGAAGACGGAGAUGCCGUUUCUGUUACAAGCACUAUUAAUUUAUAUUUUGGAGCGGGUUUUACUUCAGAGAGAACUGGCAUCACGCUUAACAGUGCUAUGGAUGACUUUUCAGUUCCAGCGUACAAUAAUUACUUUGGUUUGCCACCAUCACCGAACAAUUUUAUCUCACCGGGCAAGAAACCACUGUCUUCAGCUACUCCUACAAUUAUAGUUGACAAGAAUGGAGAUGUAAAACUUGUAAUUGGAGCUGCAGGAGGAACUAAAAUCACUACUUCAGUUGUUUGGGUUAUAUUGAGAUAUUUAUGGCUGGGUGAAAACAUAAAGCAAGCUGUCGAUUCAAGUAGGCCCCACCAUCAACUCCAUCCAAUGAAAGUAUUUUACGAAUAUGGAAUAUUAAAGCAAUAUAUAGAUGGAUUGAAAAUGCUUGGUCACCAAUUCCAUCGUUAUAGAAACAGUAGAUCUGUAGUUUGCGCAAUUUCAAAAGAGAACAACACAAUUUUUGCAAAUGCCGAUUAUCGAAAGGGUGGAGAAGUUUAUGGAUAUGAUUGAACUUUAUUUGUUUAAUUUAUUUGGAUCUAAGAAAUGUCUCUAUCAUACUGUUUUAUAAAUAAUUGCACUACAACCUUUUGUGAUAAAUGUGCAAAUAGGUUUUUUUUAAUACCAAAGAUUUACCCUUUUAAUUAAAAUAAAAGAGUCGCAAGCUGUCAACAAGAGCUAAUAAUCAAGCAGUGUGAAUUUAAACUUCACAAAUUAUUUAUAGGUCGGAUGAAUUACCAAGCAAGAGUGUCACAUAUAUCAAAUGAUAAAAUGUAUUUUUCUACUACGUAAUAUGUAAGAGUAUUUUUUAAGUUAAGGUGCCUGAAGGCUGUGAAAGUUGCACAUUUUAAAGCAGUUUUUUAGUCAUUUGACAUUUAUUUGCUUGAUGAAUUUGACAAAUGUAAAUAUUUUAUGUGAUAAUUGUUGUUUUGUACAAUUUAUUAAAUAAUAAUUGUUUUUGUUUUUAA